AAACAAUUACUCAAAGUACUUAACUUUAUUCUUUCGGUUCCAAGAUAAGAGUCGGAAAUUCCUUAUUUUACAUAAUUGGAAUGAUUGUUCAAUAUGGUCAAUUAAUGAAGAUGGCAAUUUAUUGGUACAUUCAUGAUUGCAUCAAAUUAAUAUAGAGAUCCGAGUAGAACAUCUUAGUUUGGCUGUUGGGUUAAUUCGUAAAUAUUUAUUUAUUUAUUCCGAUUUUACACUUCAUUUAAAUCCACACAAAAUUGUACCAAGCCCUGCAAAAAGUUUGAAUCUCAUGCUCCACAACAUUAAUGUGAAUCAAUCAAAUGGACAAUAAAAUCACCCCCAUAACUGAAAAAAGAAAUUUACAAAUGGUGAAACAGGGUUGAUGACAAAAGAUGUCCAAUCUUGUAUUUAACCGAUCAAAAGUUUAACAUAAAACACUUUCAAACAUUAAGAGUGUUCUUCUCCAUUGUCCAAACUUCCUUCUCCCUUCACAAAAAAAAAAAAAAAAAAAUGGAUGAAACACAGCAUCCGCAGCUGGAAGUCAUCAGCCAUGAAAGAACAGAGAGGACAGGAUGGGUAUUGGAUUCCCCUGAACCUCCUAACCUUUUCCACCAACUCAUCACUUCAAUUAAAUCCAAAAUCUCAUCAUUACACAGCAAGAACAAGAACCAGUCCACAGCAAAUGUAGCUUUUUCAUUCUUGAAAGGUGUUUUCCCUAUUCUUGAAUGGGGAAGAAAGUACAAAGCAACCAAGUUCAAGAAUGAUUUGAUGGCUGGAUUAACUCUUGCCAGUCUCUGUAUUCCUCAAGUAUGAGAUGAUGAGAAAGAGCUACUCUGUUUCAUUGCCUUCAACAUUUUUUCCUCUGUUUCUGAUCUUUUUUUGUUUGGUCCAAAUUUUUACAGAGCAUUGGUUAUGCAAACCUUGCUAAACUUGAUCCUCAAUACGGCCUGUGUAAGUUCCCAUCAUUUUUUUACUCUAUUCCUUUUGAUGGGUUGUUUUGAAUUGAGCUUAAUAUGGACUAAUUGAGCUGUGUUUUUUUUUUUUGGGGGUUUUACUUAGAUACAAGUGUUGUACCGCCAUUCAUAUAUGCUAUGAUGGGAAGUUCUAAAGAUCUAGCAAUUGGUCCUGUUGCUGUGGUUUCUCUCCUGAUUUCUGCGUUGAUUGGGAAAAUCGUGGACCCUUUAGUCGAUCCUGUUGCCUACAGAAAAAUGGUUUUUACAGCAACAUUUUUUGCCGGCACCUUUCAAGCUGUGUUUGGAUUAUUCAGGUUGGGAUUUCUGAUUGAUUUUCUAUCCCAUGCUGCCUUAGUUGGAUUCAUGGCAGGUGCAGCUCUUAUAAUUGGUCUUCAACAGCUCAAAGGGUUGAUUGGGAUAAGCCAUUUUACGAACAAAACAGAUGUUGUCUCUGUUUUGGAAGCCGUUUUUAAAUCAUUUCAUACCCCGUUGUCUCCCCUGAACUUUGUCUUGGGAUGUUCAUUUCUUAUCUUCAUCUUGAUGACCAGAUUUAUUGGGAGAAAGAACAAGAAGUUCUUCUGGUUGCCAGCAAUUGCACCUCUGAUUUCGGUUGUGUUCUCGACAUUGAUAGUGUACUUGACUAGAGCCGACAAACAUGGAGUCAACAUAGUAAAACACUUCAAAGGGGGUUUGAAUCCAAGUUCAGUUCAUGAAUUACUGCUCAAGAGUUCCUCCUCAGAUAUUGGAGAGGCAGCCAAAAUAGGACUCAUUUGCGCUUGUGUUGCUCUCACGGAAGCCAUCGCAGUGGGGCGAUCAUUUGCUUCAAUAAGAGGAUAUCGGUUGGAUGGUAACAAGGAAAUGUUAGCCAUGGGGUGUAUGAACAUUGUAGGAUCUCUAACUUCUUGCUACGUAGCAACUGGUUCAUUUUCGAGAACCGCUGUGAAUUUCAGCGCGGGGUGUGAAACGGUGGUAUCAAACAUUGUAAUGGCGAUUACGGUUUUGAUAUCCCUACAAUUAUUCACGAAGCUCUUGUAUUACACUCCACUAGCUAUCCUAGCAUCGAUUAUAUUGUCUGCUUUGCCCGGUCUCAUCGACGUUCAUGAAGCCCGCCGCAUUUGGAAAGUCGACAAGCUUGAUUUCAUCAUUUGCUUCGCAACUUUUUUGGGCGUCCUGUUUGGAUCCGUGGAGAUCGGACUUCUUCUCGCGGUUUGCAUCUCUUUCAUGAAGGUAUUAGUAACAUCAAUUCGACCAAGCACGGAAGUAUUGGGAAGAGUUCCAGGGACGAAUAGCUUUUGCGAUGUGAAGCAAUAUCCGAUGGCCACUAAAAUUUCAGGGCUGUUGAUAAAGCGCAUCAAUUCUCCUUCACUUUGUUUUGCCAAUGCUAAUUUCAUUAGAGAAAAGAUAUUGAAGUUGUUGACCGAGGAAAAUGAAGAAAACACAAAGGACAGCAUUCAUGUGUUGAUCAUUGACCUCUCCAAUGUAGUGAGCAUUGAUACUUCAGGAAUCAUUGCUUUAGAAGAAUUGCACAAGGAGUUACUUUCACGUGGAACCGAAUUGGCAUUAGCAAGUCCAAGAUGGCAUGUAAUUUCUAAAUUGAAGUUGGCCAAAUUGGUAGAUAAGCUUGGGAGAGGGAGGAUUUUCCUCACGGUUGAAGAUGCAAUUGAGGCUUGUUUUGAUUCGAAAAUGUCGACCCUUAACAGUUGUUAAUUGGAAUAACAAAAAAUUAACAUGAGUAGUUCAGAUUUCAGUCAGCAAAUAGUUUUUAUCUUUGCUACUUUCCAAUUUCAAAAUGCAAGCAUUAUAUAUGUAUAAUAUAAUUGAAUUGACGCUUCACUUGGCAUCAGAUCUUGUGUACCUCUUCUUUUUUUGGCGGUGACCUGAAUUUUUCUCAUAAAACUAUAAAAGAGUUGUGGAUUAAAUAGUUUGAGGAGUAGAAAUCAUGAUUAAAGAAGAACACAAAUCUCUUGUAUUUCAAUCAAGAAUGCAGUACAGUGUCUUGUAUUUUAAACGCCUAAAAAUAUAUCACAGUUUCCGACUUGCAGUAGUUUCAACUUUCAAU